AUGGUAAUUCCUGCAAACGUAGUUGUUACCAUUUAUAACAACAACUAUCAAACAGGAGAAUCCCUGGUGCUCGAAGGCCCGAAAGAGAUCUCUUUUGAAGGAAGCCAACUGAAAAAAUGGAAUGAUAACAUUGAGAGCAUGGUGAUAAAAAGAGCUGCCGACUUUUUGAAAGCAGCAGGAGAAGUCGAUAAACUUAGAGGAGAAUGGGUUAAAAGAUUUUCAACUUCAAAUGGAAAAAUUUCUUCCUAACUAACAAUCGGUAUUACACAAGAAACUUCUGAAACUAAAUCCAAAACUUUUGGAGCCUCUCUCGAGGCUGCUGCUUCAUCUGGAGUCAGCUUUUUAGGUAGCGGUGCAGAGAUCACAGUUACCGCCUCUGCUUCUGCAUCAAUGGCCUCAGAAAUCACAAGUUCUCUAGGUACCUCAAGAACUACACAAAGCACUGUGGAAUGCGAUUAAGCAAGUGGAAGGUAGAGCUCAUUGUGGUAAUGGAGACUAAGAGGAACUAAGGGAGAUAAGGUCUUGCUGUCUUAUGAUUCUGAAGACUAUGUAUGCAAAUAUGGCUCAGACUAUCUGACACCUCCAAAAUGUCCCCUUGGAUCUUGCUCAGAUACAGAAUGCAGAGGUUCAUGCACGAUGAUUUAGCAGCACUCAAGAAUACAACUGGCCUUAUCAACAGGUAUAAGUAAAGCGGCAUGCGAUCAGUGCAGCGAUAAUGUAGCUGUGUUCUACGAAAAGGAUAACUUCUAAGGAAUCUAGCUUUAGGUAAGCCCACAAGACAAAGCCUACGUCUUAAAAAACUUUAAGCUCGACAACAAAAUCACUUCUUUCAAAAUUGGAAAGAAUGUUAGAGUGGUAUUGUGCUUGGACGACUCUUGUGAGGCUUGCUGGCAACAAUGA